CUGUCUACCCACAAGAGAUGAUGACAGUUAUGAUGCGGUUAUUCCCGACAUCUUGUAUAUAGCAUAUAAUUAUAUGGUUGUCGUCGCAUUGGUCGCUAAACAGUCAGUAUAUGUUAUUUCGUUUGUAAGUAUGGCAGCGUUAACUACAGUCUUGAAUAACGGUAUAAAAAUUCCCAUACUCGGACUUGGUACAUGGCAGGCAAAAGAUGAUCCGAAGAUUGUCGAGCAAGCUGUGCACGAUGCCAUUGAUGCUGGAUACCGACAUUUCGAUUGCGCUUACAUAUAUCAGAAUGAAAAGGAAAUCGGCAAAGUAUUGCGUGAGAAGAUUGCGAAAGGGGUCGUGAAGAGGGAGGAUCUUUUUAUUACUACCAAGUUGUGGAACACGUUUCAUAAACGAAAUAACGUAGUGCCAGCUUGUCGAAGAUCCGUGGAGAACUUUGGACUCGGCUACGUGGAUCUAUAUCUGAUACACUGGCCCAUGUCUUUUGCGGAAAACGCUGAGGGAAUAAUACCAGUAGACAAAAAUGGCGAUCCAAUGUUUGGAGACGAAGACUAUCUCGAUACAUGGCGUGGCAUGGAGGAAUGCGUGAGAUUGGGUUUAACAAGAAGUAUCGGCCUCAGCAACUUCAACUCCGAGCAGAUCGAUCGCGUGUUGUCGAUCGCUCAAAUAAAGCCGGUAAUGAAUCAGAUAGAAUGUCACCCGAAUCUGAAUCAGAAGAAACUGAGAGAUUUUUGUGCGAGUCGUGGCAUAGCUGUCACAGCUUACAGCCCGUUCGGCUCACCUAAUCGGCCUUGGGCUAAAUCCGGCGAUCCGAAAUUUGUCCUCGAUGCUCCAGAAAUUGUGAAUAUUGGAAUCAAAUAUGGCAAAACUCCCGCACAAGUUAUUCUGAGAUACUUGAUCGACAUAGGUACCAUACCAAUUCCAAAAUCUGUUUCGAAGAAACGUAUCGAAGAAAAUAUUAACAUAUUUGACUUCAAGUUAACUCCGGAAGAAAUUACUACUAUAGAUAAGUUCGAUUGCAAUGUGCAUUUGGUGCAUUUGGAGGAGUAUAAAGCACAUAAGGAUUAUCCUUUUCACUUGGAAUUUUGACGGCGAAAAUCUCUUACAGUUAUACGAUAACACUAAUAUAACAUAUAUGAUGACAUACAUUUGUAGAGUAAAUUUUUUAUUACAUUCGUACGCGAUUAAAUUCUCCCAUUGUUGAGUCCACGAGUUCUCGACUAGUCUCGAUCUUCAAGUAGUCAUUUAAUUCCUCUUUUUUUCCUGCUUUAAUAGUUGUCAAUUAUAUACGUAGAAUCUGAAAUAUGAAGAAAAUGACUAGCAAUAUUACGACACACACAAGCAUGGAAACUACUUUUCAUUCUACACAAACAAUGUUGAAAUAUAACAGGUGAUUUAAGA